ACUACCGGUCAAAAUUGCGAUCAAGCAGUGAAGCAAAGCCAUUUAUGCAAGAUAAGUGUAGAAACUUUAUAAUAUACUAAUAAUGCAAGUCAUUAUAUAGGUAUAGUAAAAGUGAGUUCAAUGUAAAUCAUGAAUAGUAAAAGAAAUCUAAAAAAAGGUUUGAAAAAAAUAUUUGGAUUCAAACAAUAUCUUAAUGAUUUGCAACAGUGCGCAGCAGAAAAUCUUUGGGAAGCCAGAAGAGAUGUUUUUAUUAGAGGCUUUGGUAAAUCUCUGUGCUAUCAAUUGCCUGUUAUGAUGAAAGAAAAUGCUUUUAUCAUUGUUAUUUCUUGCAGAGUUUCAUAUAUCCAGGCCCAACAAAAUUAUUUCAAAGCAAAGAAUAUUAAGACAAAUUAUUUAACUUCCAAUACUUCCAAAAAACAAAAAAUGGCAAUUGAAAAGGAUAUUAUUUCAGAGAAAUCCAAUUUCAAAAUUCUAUUUAUUACCCCUUACCAAUAUGAAAGUGGAUAUUUUAAAACUAUUCUCAACAAAAUAAAUAAACAUAGAUUAUUUUAUAUAGUGAUUGAUCAAGCUGAUAAUAUUAUUGCAAGGCAAGAAAAUCUUAGAAGGCAGUAUCAAAAUCUUGAUUUAAAAAUUAUUCGAGUACCAGUUAUAGCAAUAUCAGCGACAACAGAUUUAGAGGCUCAAAAGGAUAUAAUAGAAAAAUUUGAUUUACUGAAUCCAAAGAUAUAUGCUAUGCCUGUUUUUAGGUCCAAUCUAUACUAUGACACAUGGUACAUCAAUACAUUACCAGACCCUUUAGUACAUCUAAUCAAAUUUAUUCAAAAUUGUUUUUCUUCCCAUAAUGACAAUUCUGCAGAGAAAGAAAGUUGGGGGUUAAUUAUUUGUAAGGAUUUGGAAGCAACAAUAAGCAUUGCAAAAUAUCUCACUUCUGUAGGAAUCCCAACAAUACCAUACUUUUCACGUAAAAAAUAUAAACAUUUAAAAAAUGUCAAAGAUGUAAAAGUAAUUACUGUAUGUGAUGAAGUUAACAUGCUUACAGUAACAAAUAAUCUUGUCCAACUAAUUGCUAGUAAAUCAGUUAGGUUUGUUGUAUAUUGGUAUGUUCUUCCAAGCAUUAAAAAAUAUUACUCACAAUCAAGUCAAGCUCGAUAUUUUUAUGGAAUGUCUUACUGUAGAAUUUAUUGUCAAUUGGAGGAUUUAAUACAUAACUGUACACCAUCUUCUUGCCUUAAUUAUGAAUGCUGCAUAAAGAAUAGUCUUGUCCAAUUGCAAUGUAGGCAUAAAGUUUAUUCUGAAUAUUGGGGUGAUCUAUUUUCUGCAUGUGAAAAUUACUGUGAUAUUUGUAAAGAAAAAGAAGAGGUAGAACAAAAAAUAAGACUAUUGUUGCAGAUUACUGAUGAUGAAAGUUUUAAGAAAAAGUUAGAAGAGUCAUUGCUUGAUUUAUCAAACAAUUCUAUUAUUAUAUGUGAUAAAAAUAUCCAGUACAAAUGUGUAAAAGACACAGUAUCCAGUGAAUAUCAAACUAAAAGCAUUGUAAAAGAUCCAACAAAGACAACCAAUAAUGAUCACAUUAGUUUAGAUACAAAUAUUCAGUACAAUCAAGAAAAUAAUGAUGAAGUAUACAAAAAAUCCCAAGCGUUGUUAGCCUUAGAUGAAAUUUAUAAAAAGUUGUUCCUUACGCAACAGUCAACUCAAACCAUUACAUUAGCUGCCAUGCAUUGUGAUAAUAUUAAAACGAUAGAAUCAAGAAAUUUUAAUAAAUCUAAAAAGUCGAGUAAAACAGAUUAUGAAACAAAAACAAUGGUAACAGAAGUAAUAACAAUUGAUGAUGAAAGCAUAGAAAAAGAAGAGUGUUAUGUACACAAUUCUCAGUUAGAAAAAGAAGUUUCUAACAGUGAUGAUGACAUCAUUUUUAUAAAAGAAUUAAGAAAACGUCGACGAUCAUUAACACGCGAUUUAAGUUUAGAACGAAAAAAACGGCGUAAAUAAUUAGUAAUCACAAGGACAAUAUCGGUUUAAUAUUACUCUGGUGCAAUUAUUCUUAGAAUAAUUAAUAAUAGUAAAAAUAGUUGUUAAAAAAAUAUUUUGAAAGAUU